AUGUCUCUGUUCCGCACCAGCUUCCCCUCGGGCGACUUUGCCCCUCUGUUCCGUCUGCUAGACGACUACGAUGUCCACCGUGCCAGCCGGCAGACCACCGCCACCCGCUCCUUCCACCCUUCCUUCGACGUUCGCGAGAGCGAGGACUCCUACCACCUGGAUGGCGAGCUGCCUGGUAUUGCCCAGAAGGACAUCAACAUUGAAUUCACCGACCCCCACACCCUGGUCGUGAAGGGCCGCACCGAGCGCGAGUACCACACCUCCGAGCCCAAGGAGACCACCAGUGGUGGUGAUGACACCACCGUGGCCGAGACUACCGACAAGGCUCAGACCACCACGCCCAGCCACCGCUUCUGGGCCAGCGAGCGCUCGGUCGGCGAGUUCCAGCGCACCUUCACCUUCCCCGGCCGCGUCGACCAGGACAAUGUCAAGGCCAGCCUGAAGAACGGAAUCCUGUCGAUCGUGAUCCCCAAGUCUACUGUUUCGGCUACCAAGAAGAUCACCAUCGAGUAA